AUGAUGACGAAAAUGAUUCCAAAAAUUGUUCGACAUUAUAAUUAUUAUUCGGAUUAUUGUAAAAUUUCUUGUGAAUAUGAUAAAAUCGAUUAUUUUAUCGAUACGUAUGAUUUGAAAAAAAAAUAUUCGACGAUAUUAAAAACUUCCCCGUGUGUUUUCUGUUUGGGUAGUUUAUACGAUGGGGGUUAUUUACACGAUUUACACGAAAAAAUCCCGUUUAUAAAAAAACAAAGCGAAGAAUAUGGAGAUGAUGUUUCCAUGAGAAUUGGAAUGAGAAGCAGAAUUACCGUACAUAAAAAAUGUUACGAUGAUUAUAUAGAUCGUUCAAAGCAUAAAGACAUAAUACUUAAAAAUUCAAACAGUGAAGAUUUUUCAAAUUGUUCCGUAAAAACGGUUAUAAGUGAAGAUGAAAUCAUUCAAGAACCUCCAAAAAUUAAACCAUUUUUCUGUUUGAAAAAAUUUAAACCUCCCCAAUUGGAUCCUGUCAUUAGUUUCAUAAAAUUUCAUAAAAGGUAUUUUAAAUACGUCGAUAAUGAUCAAAACACUUAA